AUGAAUUUUUAGAACACCAUAUUUUUUUUGCUGUUAUUUUAUAAUGUCUAAACAGCCAUAGAGACGCCAUGCACGUUGAGAGAGUAGAAAAUGAGAAAAAUUUUGAGAGGAAACUCUAAAAAUGUGUUAUCCUUUCAAAGUGGUGGCUUACUCACCACAGCAAGGAUUAAUUAUUAUUAACCUGGUUUUUAUAGUAGUAUCCCAACCAGAGAUACUAUUUAUAUAGUAAAUUUUUUAUUUGGAUUUACAUAUUGUGCACUAACUUAGUCAUUGGAAUUUCGAACAAUGUAAUCUUAUGAGAUAAACACAGUUUUCUUAAGUUUGUGGGAUUACACAUAUAGAACAUACAAUUUUUAGGUUUUUAUUAGUUUCAAUGGGAUUGAAAACCUAGUAUUUGACAGUUUAGCGGCUACAGGAAGUAUUUACAUAAAAUUCGCAGAAUAACAAGUCGAUACAAUUCGAUAUUAUAAUAGAGGAGGAAGCACUGAUAACUUUGCACUAAUUUUAAUUAAAGUUGAAGCAUUCUAUAAACGUUGA